UCAUAAGAGUGUGGCGUACAUGACUGCUGUCCCAUAGAGUAGUUUACAUACAUGACCUGAACUGAGUUCAUCAAUUGAGCGCAAUACCAUCGCUUGACACCGUGGAAAUUGUCCACCUUGUGAAGCGGCAUGGAGCAGGAUCACCACAAGGAGGAGGGUAUAAUGGAGAAGAUAACCCACCAUCACAAGAAAGAAGGCGAAGAAGCUACGUCGUCCGAGCAGUUGCAGCAGCAGUCUAAGCCACAAAGUGAAGGGAAGAAGCUAGAAGGCAAGAUAAAGGACUACUACAAGGAAGAUACCCAAGGCGAGCGCGAAGGCUCCGGCAAAGAAUAUGGCGGUUUGAUGUGAAUCAAGAUGCUCUGACCCGUACGGCGGCGAGACCAGAGAUGCGAC